CUCUCCCCCUAAAAUGCAACAACACUCACCUUUCCAAAAUACAUCCGCUUUUUCAGAUAAUUAAGGGGAAACGUAAGUUUCUUUUUUUUUUCUUUUCUACCUUGAUAAAAAGAUGUCGCUAGCUAUCGCAGAUGUAUACACGGUGAGGAAGUUCCAUAGAGAGAGCAUGAAGAAGCCUACCAAACCUGCGGUGGUUACCGGCGAGGGAGAAGAAAAGAUGGCCGGAGGAGAGCUCCGGGAGGUCAUGGAAACACCGGCGAAACAGAGUGGGACUAGAAGAUUCGGACGAUGGUUUGUUGGAAAGCCAGGAGUGAAGAAAAGCUCUGCUAAAGUUUCGGAUCCCAUGGCGAUUGAGUGAUCAAGAAGAAGAAGAAAACGUUCUCUUAUUUUCUUUUUUCAUGCGUCUUUUUAUGUUUCUUCUCUUUCAUUUUACCGUGUGAUUGUAAUUUUAUAAAUAGUUGGUAAACGUUGUAAAUUAUAAAGUUAAAAUAUGAACAAAAACAUAUGUAGAGCGUGGGGCUUUUAGAAAAAUGUACUGAAUUCCCUUAAUACACAAUAGCUACUUGGUGA